CGGCUCCCACCUCCCUCCCCACACCACCUCGCCGCGCCGAGCCCCUCAGGGGCGGAGGCGGCGGGGCCGGCCGGCCCGGUGGCGGCUCUCAGUGCGCAGGCACGGUGCGAGCGGCGCUCCGGGCCGUGCAUAAUACGUGGUGUCUGGGGCCGGCGCGGCGCAGAGCGGAGAUGGGACCGGGCCGAGAGAGCCGCAGCUAGCGCCGCUGCGGUUGCUCAGCCGGCCGAGGGGAGCGGCGGGAGGGACAGGCAGGAAGGAUGAGCGCCUAUGCUGACAUCUGUGGGUCCAAGCACGUGCAGGGCAGCACCGAGGGAGGUUACCAACGCUAUGGAGUUCGGUCCUACCUGCAUCAGUUUUAUGAGGACUGCACAGCUACAAUUUGGGAGUAUGAGGAUGAUUUUCAGAUCCAGAGAUCACCUAGCAGGUGGAGCUCUGCAUUCUGGAAGGUCGGACUCAUCUCUGGGACGGCUUUCAUGCUGAUUGGUUUAAUGGUGCUUGUAGUGGGUUUUCUUGUGCCACCGAAAAUCGAAGCUCUUGGGAAAGAUGAUUUUGUUGUAGUGGAUACUCGUGCCAUUCAGUUUAAUGGGUCCCUUGAUAUAUGCAAGCUGUCAGGAGCAAUCUUGUUUUGCAUUGGAGGAACCGCCAUGGCAGCAUGUCUGCUGAUGGCUGCUUUUGCUAAAAGUUACUCCAAAGAAGAAAAGUACCUCCAGCAAAGAUUUAAAGAGAGGAUAGCAGAUAUAAAAGCCCACGCAAACCCAGUCACAAAAGCGCCAGCACCAGGAGAAUCAAAGAUACCUGUCACUUUGUCCAAAGUUCAAAAUGUCCAGCCUUUAUCUCAAACCUGACCCUUUGGUUUUGUUUCUCAGUUGCAGAUCACUUCACUGGAAAAUAUCAGCUGUUGUUGGCAUAUGUGCUAGUUAAUUACAGUAUCAAGUGCUCUGCUAUACAAAUGCACAGCUGAUUGGGAAGCUGUUCCAGUAUAAAUUUAGGAUUGGAAAAAGUGAAAUUAUGUGAUUAGACCCGUAACCGGUGUAGUCAGUGCAUUCAAACAUUGUAUUGAAACAGUAAGACCUUGCAACAGUGAUUAGGUAUGUUGCUUAACAGAUUGCAUCCCUAAAAAAUAGAAGGUGCAUUUAUGACAGCUAUGCCAGGAAUACCCUCUAUCCCACUCCUUAACGUUUAGAUGAGUUCAUAUUCUAUUUUGUUUUCUCUUUGUCUUUAAAGUACUUUUACUGCCUAGUUCUGCUAUCCAGGAAACCAAGAUUCUGCCCUUGUAAUUUGCACUUGUCAUCCUGUCUCAUGCUACUGUCUAUAUUGAAGUAAUAAUGCACAGGUAAAAUAUACAUGGCUUUGGAGUGCCCUCAGUUGGAUAAUGGCACACUUCUCAGUAACAUUACUUUCUGGGAAAGAAAAAUUAUACUUGAUCCAGAGUUACAACUAGUCUGUGAGAGCUGCCACUUUUCUCUUAGUCAUCGCCCUAUUAACAAAAAUAGAAAAUAAAGAUGAGGAAUUCAUGAGAGGAGGAAUGUCAUACUUGUGUUCCUUUGGAUUGGUUUUGUUUCUUUCAUUACAUUGUAUUGUUUGACGCUCAUACAGAUUUUCAGUUGUGGCCAGGCCCCAUUCUCUGUCAGGACAUUAAUGUCAGGUCAGAUGAUCUUAACAUACUUACCUAAAGACAUUUUGAAAUGUUGUUUAUAUUUUUAUAGAUUAUAGAAAAAAGUUAUGCUUAUCAGAUACAUUUGUGUAAAUGCUUACCUGAAGACUUGUUCUUUCCCUGGAGACCCUUAAUUAUUUUCUCACCCAGGGCAAUUCUUUCACUGUCUUAAUCUAUGGAUUUAAAUGAAACUGUAUAAAGAAAGAUGUGACAUUUGUACUCUCUGAUGAUAUGUGCCACCUUAUAGUUCUGUCUAUUUUUUGAAUGGAUUGAAUAAAAUUCUAGGCCUGAGCCAAUCAUA